UCCGGCCAGCUUCUAUUGCUUAUAAGAUGUUUCUUGUUCAUCAAUAACAUUAAAUUUAGUUGCCAAAGUAAAUUGAUUAAAUGUUGAACUGAAAAAAAAUCAUUUUACUGUUGGGCACAAGUUUAAGUGAAUGUCUUCAUGAUGGACACGAAUUUCUAUGACCUUGACACAAACAAUGGCCAGUGCGUUACUAUGGGAAACGGUCUAAUUAUUUCUGCUUUAACAGACUGUGAUGAAAGUUACCAGUGUGCCCUCUUAUCAAACUACGUGCGAUUAAACGGUACUCUGCUUAUCCAGGGCAAUGGUAACCAAAUUACCGGGCUACACUUUCGCACUGUCCAAGAUGCAUAUGGAAAGACCUAUAUGAUUCACAGAGGUGUUUUAAGAGUGGAAGGAGGCUCUUACUCUAUUCCUGGUUUUAGCGUCAAUACAUUUUAUGGCGGUUUAAAUACGACCUUUUUCAUGCACCAUGGCGGUGUCAAAGUGAUGGGGAAUGGAAACAGUAUUAACGGAGUUGUCUUACUUGACAACGAGGAUGCUGGCGCAAUACAAAAUAUUGGCUUUAAACUCAUGGGAAACUGGAAUCAAGUCAUGGGCUUGAAACUUUACGACAAUUACAAUGUCCACAAGGAACCUCAAAUUCUCGUCGAUGUUAUGGGCAAUAAUAACUCUCUGGACACUUUAAAGAUUUUCAAGAACCCUCAGGCCAUCACAAAGACUUAUGUUCAGCUCAGUGACAUAGUCAACAUAUACGGAGUGGGAAACACGACUCGUGGUGUGAUAACUGGCUUAAACCCUAAUGUUUGUUCUGCAACUGUAGUUUCCAGAGAUCCUGCCCGGAAGCGAACGAACGCCGAACUAAUAGAGAAAAUCAUACCAAUGGGGUUUGAGAAAGAAAAAGUUGAGGACUUUUUAGCAAAACGCAAUUCAUUUGGUGAAAAUAAUGUUACUAGUGAGGAAGAAUUAGUCAAUGCUCUUCUCGAUAGGGAUACGAGUCAGUGGGAAAAUCAGAUGCCUUUAGUCAAACAAGAUAAUCAAUAUGGUAAUUUAGGGGUAGCAGACGAGCCAUUGUCUGUCAUACUUGAGAAAGCCUUAGCGCUAGGUUUUGAGCAAGAGAAAGUCGAGGAGCUUUUUAACAAGCGCAUCUCUAGAGGUCAAAGUCAUUUCAAAAGUGGGGAAGCAUUGGUUAACGCAAUGCUUGAGAUUGAUGAGACACCUCCCAAGAAUCCUAUUAAAAGUGAUGAGCUCGUAAUGGAACAACAAGAAACGCGUUCUUCUAAAGAAGUAAACCCAGUGAAACUAGAGCCUCUGCGUGGUGAUGAGACUAGUGGGGAAAACGUAGUCAGUGCGAGCCCUGAGAAUGAAACCGAUCGUCUCUUGAACCAAAUGUCUCGUAAUGAAACAGCCCCACCUGAAAUGGUUAAUGAAAUCUCUGAGCUUGGGCCAGACAAGAACAUGCCUGAUCUCUCCAAUAAUUAUAGACCAGACCUCCAAAUGGAGACCACGAAUGCAGACUAUCCAAUGAUCGACAAUAACGAAGAGUCCUUAAAUCAGAUAAUUAUCGCUCAGACAGCGAAUCCCAACAUUGCAAUCGAUACCUCGACAGCAAGUCAUAGUAACCCCGAAGAACAUCCAAGUGAGAUUAUAACAGGUGAAACUCAAAGAGAACAUCCCGCCUGUUUCACUUCAACAGAAGUGACUCCAAGCACACUGAACCCAUGUCUUAGACUUGAGCAGGAACUGAAGAUGUUGAAAGCACAGCGUCUUUGCAAAGUGUGCAGGGCUACAGAGGCUUGCAUCACGUUUGUUCCUUGUGGACAUUUAGUGGCAUGCUGGGACUGCUGCUUCAGUGUUGGACGCUGCCCAACGUGUCUGUCAUGCAUUGAUAACAUUGUUCGAACUUAUAUUUGUUAAUAAAGACAUACAAAUGUAUAUUUAGAAUGAAUUAUAAAAAAUUGUUUCAGGAUAAUAUCAUUACAUGAGCUGAUACAGAUAUAGUAAACAUAAAUAUUAUCUAUUAGAAUACAUCUAUUUUAAACAGGGCUUACGUUUCUAU